AUGCCUACUCUGCGAGAACGCAAGAAUCCUAAUCCUACCAAAGGCACUAAAGUCGACUUGGGCAAAGACGCUCCGGUUAGCCAGGAAGCUGCAGGUCUUGUGAAGGGGGGGUCGCUCGCUGCAGAAUCAUAUGGAGAAGGCGGCGAGUUUGAUCAGAACAGGAAUGCCCAGCCUGAAGGCGUGUCGGGCAGCCGAAGAGAGACCAGUUUCUUAGAAGAUGCCGCCAACCUACAAAGGUCUGGCGGUCGCCAGGCAAAGAGCGCUGUUGCCGGCGCGGCGCCCAUGAAAGACACAAAAGGCCCCCAUGGGAGAAAGAUCAAAGAAGGGUUUAGUAGCGACGACAAGGACAGCGACGGGCUUCAGAGGGCGUUGAGGGCCGAGCCGGGGAGUGAGGAUGAUCCAAGUCGGUUGGCGGAGAGGCAGAUGCUGCAGGGGAAUAGUUUGGGUGCAAGAGGAGCUGGACCGAGGCAGGGCGAGAUGGCGGGGGAGACGAGGUAUGAUGUGUUGAAGAAUGAGGUUGAUUCGUGAUGCUGGGGUAUAAGUAUGAUUGUGUGAAAGAUUGUGUAUUAGUGAUGUAUGGACUAGGCUGAAGCACAACAGCCAACGGCAUCGUGGAGAAC